AUGUUUCCUGAAGACUUUGAAAUUCAAUCGAAAAGAUUGAUUCAUAAAUGGAUAGCUGAAGGGUUUGUAAAAGAUGAAGAGGGAAAAACCUUAGAGAAGGUUGCAGAAGGAUAUUUAAAAGAAUUGAUUGAUCGAAGUUUGGUGCAAGUAUCUUCACUUACGAUUGAUGGAAAAGUUAGAGGUUGUCGUGUUCAUGACCUAACACGUGAGAUGAUCCUUAAAAAAUGCGAGGAUUUGAGAUUUUGUGGUGGCGUACAUGAUGAGUCAGCGUUAAGUGGCAUACCUCGACGCCUGUCAAUAGAAACCAGUUUCAUUGAUUUAGCGUGUAGCAGUGAAAGCUCACCCGUUCGGUCAAUCAUUGUUUUCGAAGAUCAAUCUCCGGAAUUUGUGAGAACACUUACCAAAUACAAUUUACUGAAGGUGCUUGAUUUUGAAGAGAUUUCCUUGUUUGAUUUUCCUGAAUAUUUUGGGAAUUUAAUCCACUUGAAGUAUUUGAGGAUGGGUUUUUCACGGAUAGAAAGUAUUCCAAAAUCCAUUGCUAAGUUGAAGAACUUGGAGAGCUUGGUUCUACAGGAAUGUUUUGGAGUUGAGAUGCCAGAAGAGAUGAUCAAGCUUAGAAAGCUAAGACAUCUUCAAAUCGGCUCUAUGCGUUUGACUCAAUUGAAGGAUGGUAUAGGAGGCAUGACAUCCCUACAAACGCUAAGUGCUGUUGAAUUAUAUGGUGGUGAUGAUGAUGUAGAGCUCAUUAGAGGAUUGGGAAGGCUAACGCAAAUGAGGAAGUUGACCUUGAUAGAAGUUGGGAAGGAACAUGAAAGCGCUCUAUGUUCCUCAAUAAGUAAGAUGAAAUACUUGGAAAGCCUAAGUGUGGAAAUUCGACGGGGACAAAACUUCAAUUUGGAGUUGAAUUCAGCCCCACUUAUGCUCCGGAAGCUUUACCUACACAAUAUUCAGUCGUUUCCAGAGUGGAUUCCAAAGCAUCAAAAGCUGGUUAAGUUUACUUUUAGCGGCUCCUCAACUAUGGUUCCUAUGGAAUCACUAAAAGAUUUGCCAAAUUUGUUGUACCUUGAGCUUCAAAGUUGUGAUCGGGUAAGCUUGCAUUUUCAAGAUGGAGGGUUUCAGAAAUUAAUGGAUCUAAGACUCUCAAAUAUCAUUAACUUGAAUUCCAUCUAUAUCGACAAAGGAGCACUGAGUUCUCUCAAAUCCCUCAAGUUAAGAUAUAUCCGUAGUCUUAAUGCAGUACCCUCUGGCAUCCAACAUUUAAAGGAACUUGAAGUUUUUGAAAUAGAACAGAUGUCAGAUGAAUUUGAGACUAACAUUGCUCCCAUUGAAGGACCAGAUCACCCGGCCAUCCACCAUGUUCCCCUCGUAAAAAUUAUCAGCAAAGGUGGCAAGUCCCGCACUAUUCAUCAUGCAUGA